AUGCACGAGACUCGCCGGUUGCCGCCAGUCCUGUCGCUCCCUGAUGCGAUUUUCGCUCUCUCUGCUGCUCUCUCCAACCUCGCCGCCUCCCCGCCCUGCUUCCCCUCUGGGGUGAUCCGAUUUGAGGUUCCUCUUCCUCCUGACCUCAAUGCUCUCGCAUGGCUGGCAGCACAGCGACCAGCAGCACCACCACCACCACAACCGGCAGCAGCAGCGCCAGCAGCAGCAGCAGGGCAACAAUCAGCUGCUGAAUCAAGAGCACAGGCAGCAGAACAAGCACCAGCACAAGCAGCAGCACAGCAAGCCAACCAGAACCCCCCUCUGUCCAGUUCCCCCUCCCCUCCCCAUGGCCUCUCCCCCCGCAUCUACUUCUCCCCCCGGGCCCCUAGGGGCACUCGCUCCCUCUCCGCCCAGGCACCCUCCGAGCCUGCGCCGGACGGGUCGAGCUGGUCCGGCAUUGAUGGCUCAGGAAUAGGCUCAGUGGCGGGUGUGGGUGCAGCUGUGAUGUUGAAGGGGGAGAGUGAGGGGUUCAAGGCAAGGCAUUGGAGGCAGAUCCGCAGGUACCUCUCAGACUCAUCCCCAAGCGUGCGCUUCUUUGGGGGCAUUCGCUUUGAUGCAGACGCUCCCACAGCCCAUGAGUGGGCCCCCUUCGGCACCUUCCUCUUCCUCAUCCCCCUCGUGGAGCUGCAGGAGUGUGAAGACUGCUCGGCCACUGUUUUGGAGGCAGUUACUGCAGCGCUUCAGGCUCUGUCUCUGGUCCGUCCUGUUUUCAGCACCCCCCAUCCGCCGCGCGUUUCAACACAAGUCACCUCCAAAGCAGUGGCCCCUGACGAGCUUCUAUGGCACCUGGCAGUAGAGCGCACACUCCAAAGCCUGGGGCAAAGAGGCACACAGGGGGGCGAGAGAGAGGGGCGCGCAGGAGCAGCUGGGGACGGGGAGGGAGCGCUGGGCGGAGAGAGGGAGGGGCGCAGGGAGGGAGGGGCUGGGACGCAGAGUCAGCAGAGUCAACAGAGCCAGCAGAGCUGGGGGGAUAAGCCGUGGAUGCUUGAGCCUAGCAGGAUAGACCAGAUGCCGCUGUCUAAAGUGGUGAUGGCUAGACGCACUGCGUUGACCACCGUUGACCCGGUUGACCCGGUUGUGCUGCUGGGAGCACUGCAGGCACGGGAUCCCAGCGCCUUUCAGUUUCUCCUGGAGCCCCAUGCAGGCUGCGCAUUUGUCUCCUCCACGCCUGAGCGUCUGUUUGCGCGCAAGGGCCUGGCAGUGACGAGUGAGGCGGUGGCAGCAACGCGGGCGAGAGCACAGGCACCAGCGGAGGACCACAGCAUUGCGCUCGGCCUGCUGCUUAGCAACAAGGAUCAUGAGGAGUUUGAGAUCGUGCGAGAGAGCGUGCACAGACAUCUAGCAGGCGUGUGUGAGAGGGUGCAAGUGGAGGAGUACAAGCGGAUCAUAUCACAGCACAGGGUGCAGCACCUCUACGCUCGCAUCAACGGCCGCCUCUUCAGCACCGCAGGCGAGUUCAACCUGCUGACCUCACUGCACCCAACCCCAGCUGUGGCCGGUCAUCCACAGAAGCAGUCCCAGGAGGCGAUCCGCUUCGCAGAGUCCUUUGACAGAGGGCUGUACGCUGGACCUGUAGGGUGGUUCGGCGCCGAUGCUUCGGAGUUUGCAGUAGGCAUCCGAUCGGCGCUCGUCCAAUCAGGAGCCAGCAUGGCGCCAUGGGAGGAGCAACCUGAGUGCAUGGAUGGGGAGAGAAUGGAGGAGCAAGGGGAGAGGAGGAAGAAGGGUGGGGGUGGUGGGCGAGUGUUGCUGUAUGCGGGAGUGGGGGUGGUGAAGGGUGCAAAGGCAGCUUCUGAGUGGAGUGAACUCAACCUUAAGACUCGCCAGUUUGAGGCACUUCUAGGGGGAGCGCCUGCCCCUGUCCCUGGGAGGGGUUCACCUGGGGAAGGUGCCGCUGGUGAUGUGGGAAAUAGAGAGGAAGGAAGCGGAGGAAGGGGAGCAGGAGCAGGGGCAGCAGCCGGAGGAGCAGGGGGGGCAGCAGUGGCAGCCGGGCAGGUGGAUUUGGAAGGGCAGCCGAAUAUAAACUUUGUGUGGUGUCGCAUGGCUGUGGAGGAGUGUGUGCGACUUGGGAUCACGGUGGCGCCGGGGUCGCGCUCGUCCCCACUCUCCGUAGCAGCGGCCACCAACGCGCAUGUGACCAUCGUGUACUUCUGCAUAGCGCCGGGGUCGCGCUCGUCCCCGCUCUCCAUAGCAGCGGCCACGAACGCGCAUGUGACCACCGUGGUGGCCAUUGACGAGCGCUCCCUCGCCUUCCACGCCCUCGGUUAUGCCAUGGCCGCCCGUCGCCCUGCUGCCAUCAUCACCUCCUCCGGAACUGCCGUCUCCAACCUCCUGCCUGCGGUGGUGGAGGCGAGUCAGCAGCACGUGCCGUUGCUCGUGCUCACUGCCGAUCGACCCGCUGAGCUGCGGGACACAGCUGCAAACCAGACCAUCGACCAGGUUCACCAUUUCGGCUCCUUUGUUCGCUAUCACGCCGACGUUCCAGCACCUUCCGACAAGGUCAAUGCCAGGUUCGUCCUCACCAGCAUCGACACCGCUGCCUUCCGAGCCUGUGCCGAGCCUCCAGGCCCGGUGCAUCUCAACUGGCAGUUCCGGGAGCCACUGGCGCCCAGCCCACAGCCCUGGAGCCGAACCUGCCUGGCAGGCUUGCACCGUUGGCAAACCUCCGUCCUGCCUUUCUCUCAACCGCUUGGGAUGACCACUGCUGGUGCUGCAGUUGCUGCGGCUGUUGAGGCCGAUUCCUUUGUUGCUUCUCUCCCUGCUUCUGCUCUGCGCCACCUCGGCCUGCCCGCUUUUCUGGGUGCUGGUGUGGCAGCAGGAGCAGCAAACGGGGCAGGAGCAGAGGGAAUGGGAACAGGAAUGGGGAACACUGCUACCGGCAUGGGUAAUCACUGGGAUACAGGCAUUGGCAGCAGUGUGGGCAGCAGUAGCAUGGUUACACUAAGCGCCGAGUUUCAAGACGUGCUGUCUCUGCUGCGCUCAGCUAAGCGCGGCAUCAUCCUGGUCGGCAGUCUGCCGUCCGCGCGCGACGCCUGGGCGGCAUCGCUCGUCUGCAAGUGCCUGCAAUGGCCUGGUGCAGCUGAAGCUGUGGCUCCUGAUGUUGUGCUACAGCUAGGAGGCCCUCUGGUGGGCAAGAGACUACCAGGAAUGGUAGAAGCAGCAGCCACUGCUCCCCCCUCCUCCCCCUCCUCCUCCUCGCACCCCUUCCGUGCCUAUGUGCUCGUGAACCCCACCCCCCGCCGCAUUGACCCUGCCCAUGCUGUCUCUCACCGCCUCCACAUGCCUCUCCCUGCCUUCGCCUCUGCUCUCGCAACUGCUCUGCCAUUCAUGGGGCAAGACGGGAUCGGUCGCACCGUGGCAGCAUCCCUGCCUGACGGCCAUUCUGACGCGUCUUCAUCCUCUUACCCCAUCCCUUCGUCCCAGGUUGGCAAAGAGCUUUCUCUCGCUCUGAACUUCCCCUCCCAAGUGCCCGACGAAGCAUGGGUGUCCCUGCUGAUUGGUGACGUGUCUUUCCUGCACGACUCCAACUCGCUUGCUCUCCUCUCUGCUGCCCGCCCAGAGCUGUCAGGGCAACCCCCGGUGACAGUGGUGGUGGUGAACAACUGGGGGGCAGCAUCUUCAGCCUCGGCAGCCCCCGGUGACAGUGGUGGUGGUGAACAACUGGGGGGCGGCAUCUUCAGCCUCGUUAGAAGCGCCUCUAUUACCUCCAUUACAGACACAUCCUUCCCCCAUCCCCCUUCCCCUCCGUGCACCACCAGGUCAGGGCAGCCGCCGGUAACAGUGGUGGUGGUGAACAACGGCGGGGGCGGCAUCUUCAGCCUGUUGCCAGUGGCAGGCACACUGGACUCGCAUGUCUUCUCUGAACUCUUCUCCACGCCGCACCAAGUGCAGCUGCACCACCUCUGCAAGGCGCACAGAGUGGCGUAUUUCCGAGCUACUACACGUGCCGCCCUCCUCUCGUCCCUGCAGGCAGCGUGGGCCACGCAUCGCCACGCGGUGGUGGAGGUGCAGGCGCCCCCCAUCCACCUCAACGUCCUCUCCCACCGCCUCCUGCAGGCCGCUGCUAGGGCGACUGCUGGCCGUGCUCUCUCGCUGUUUCAGAGCCAGAGGGACGGGCAUGCUGGGUUUGAAAGGGAGGGUGACGGAGGAGGGGAAGGGGUUGGGUUGGGAGAGGGGGAUGCUGGUGGCGAGAGAGGAGACGGCAGCGGAGAGGGGACCAGGGAGGGGAAUAAAGAGGGGAGCAGGAAGGGGGGUGGUGGGAGGAAGAGUGGGUCACUUGUUGUGGCAGAGACCAGUAUUGAACGAAUCAGGGUUGUUCUGAGGGAGCCCCCAACGUCAGUGGCUGUGUCUGGGGCAGCACUGUCACAGUCAGAAAGAGAGGGGUUGCUGCUGCACGUGCGGCUGGAGGGGGGAGGGCUGGGCACAGGCGAGGUCUCCCCUCUCCCAGGCUUGCAUCCAGAGUCCCUCCUAGACGCGCACGAGCAGCUGUGCCUGCUCUCGCACCGCCUCCCAGGCCUCGCCCUGCCGCUCUCCCUGCCGCUGCUUAAUGGAUCCUUCUCCCUCUGGAUAUGGCACGCUCUCGGCAUUCAGCCGACCCACCGGGUGCGAGUGCGGUGCUGCGGGCUGCUGGACGGUUCCAGGGGGUCCAUUCCCUCCGUGGCCCGCGCAGCAGCACACCUAGUCCACUCCCUCGGCUUCACCGCCAUCAAAAUCAAAGUGGCCAGACGCCCUUCCCCAGCAGAAGACGCAGCAAUGGUGCUGGCUGUCCGAGAAGCAGUAGGCCCGAGAAUCCACCUCAGAGUCGAUGCAAACAGAAGCUGGUCAUUGCCGCAAGCUGUGGAAUUCGGCCGGCUUGUAGCACCUUGCAACCUGGCGUUUAUAGAAGAGCCGGUCCCGAAUCUGCAUCUCCUUCCCGAGUUCUACCAAGCCACGGGUCUCCCUUUCGCUCUGGAUGAGUCUCUUGAUGACGCGCUUCUCCUCCCGCCUUCCCAUGACACUCCCACGCUCGCACUCCCCGCCUCUCUCGACUGGUCCGGAUUGGCGGCAGUCGUUGUGAAGCCGUCUAGACUGGGCGGCAUGGAGGCGGCGGCAGUGGUGGCGAGGUGGGCGGCGUUGCUCGGCGCGGAGUGUGUCGUGAGCUCGUCGUUUGAGUCCCAACAUGGGCUUGCUUCGCUCUGCCACUUUGCUGCAUUCCUCGACACGCACCCGUUCCCGUCCCCGCAACCGCAAGCACAGGAUUCUAGUGCGUUGAGUCCUGCUGAGUCUCCUCCUGCUUCUCCCACUUCUGUGGCUCACGGUCUGGGUACUUUUCAGUGGCUUGUGGAUGGAUCAGGAGGGGAGGAGGAGCAGGGGGAGGGGGAGGGGGAGGGGGAGGGGGAGGGGGAGGGGAAGGGUGAAGAAGGGGAGAGGGAAGCGCCGAGAAGCGCAUAUGCAGAAGCGGGGUUUAGGGUUUCCCGUCAUCCUCCUCUCUUGGUUGAUGAGAGGAGUUCAGACGGCCAGCUUGGGGUGCUGCUUUCUGCGCGAUCCGAUGUUGGUCGGGCUAGUGGGAUGCUGGCCUGUGGAGUGCUUGACACGUCAGAUUCAGCUGCUGUUGUGGGGGCAGAAAGGGGGAGAGCUGCUUUCAGUGAUCAAGAAGCAACAAUAGGGAAAGAGGCAGAAUCGACAGCAGAAGGAGCAGCAGAGUUAGCAGCAGCAGCCAGUCCAAAGUGGGAAGAACGCAGAGAAACAGUCGCGCUAAGCAAUGGCGGAACGGUUGACUUCAACAUCCGUGUAACAACUCCCUCCUCGCAUUCUUCCUCCUCACACUCCUCCCCACAGUCCUCCCCACUUUCCUCCCCAGACUCUCCCCUCUCUCCCUCCGAACUGUCUCUCCCUCCCGCCACCCCCCCACCAACUCUCGUCUUCCUGCACGGUUUCCUGGGCUCGCAUGCAGACUGGCUUCCCCUUGCCGACUCCCUCGCUCUCUCCUUCCCUUGCGCCCUCAUAGACCUACCCGGCCAUGGCUCCACCACUGUCGCCCUCCCUGCACAUCCCACCACCGCAUUGCACCCAUCACCACCGGCAUUGUCAUUUGAAGAAACAGCGUCGGCUCUUGCAUCCCUGCUUGCCUGCCUGCAAGAAACCCCAGCAGCACAGCAGCAGCAGCAACAAGGAAAGGUAGUGCUCGUGGGAUACUCCAUGGGGGCGCGUCUCGCUCUCUACUUAGCUCUCCGCCAUCCACACCUGGUCUCAUCAGCAGUCAUCAUAUCAGGAAGCCCGGGGAUUAGAGAAGCGGCUGCGCGUGCCUCUCGUGCAGAGAGUGACGAUUCACUGGCAGCAGUGCUGACGGCUGGUGGGCUGGAGCAGUAUGUUCACUCGUGGUACCAGCAACCACUGUGGGCCAGCUUGCGCGCCCACCCAUGCUUCCAGCCCAUGCUCGCCCGCCGUUUCGCCUCCUCUCCGUCCACCUCCCCCACCCCUCCCCCCACUGACGGCACCGAUCCACCAAUGGUGGUGUUUCCUGGGGGCACGGAGGCAGGCCUGGCCAUGGCUCUCACGGGACUCAGCACCGGACGACAACCGUCUCUCUGGGACAAGCUGACCACCGCCUCCAACCCGCUGCUGCUCGUGGCUGGCUCUCUGGACUCCAAGUUCGCCUCCAUUGCACACCAGAUGUGCACCGCUGCAGCUGCCCCAGCAGCAGCAGCAGCUUCAAGCAGCGGCCGUGCCAGCACCCUGCAGCAGGAACUGCAGCAGCAGCAGCAGGAGGAGCAGGGGGAGCAGGAGGAGGAGCAGGAGCUUUUCUUCCCAUCUGGUUCUCCAGUGGAGAGCCUUGACUCAGACUUUCCUUUCUCCCUCAACCUGCCUAGUGUUGCAGCCUUCAAAUCUGCUAUCCUGGGUGGGCAGGUGUGGGAGGAGGAGGAGGAGCAGUACGAGGGGGAUGUGGUGGGGGAAGGGGACGAUUUUGAAGAGGAGAUUGGGGUUAAUGGGAGUGCGGGUGGGAGUGGUGGUGAUGGUAGUGGGAAGCGGCGUAGCAGGUUUGAUGGUGCUUGGGCGGCAGACAUGAAGCGAGUGCAUUUAGAGGAAUCCCUUGGCGCUGCUCCAGGUAUGCCGUCUCCAGAACCAUCCACAAACGACAAGGCAUCGAUGCUCCCAAUAGCAGCAGCCAAGGCUGUGCUUGAAACGGGUGGUGCUGUGAAUGUGGCAAUAGUGGAAGGAGCAGGGCAUGCCAUUCAUGAAGAGAGGCCCGAGGCACUGCUUCCACUAAUCCGCCUGUUCGCAUCAAAUGGUGGUAGUCAGGCGGUUGACGGAAGAAUUUCCUUUCCCUCCCCACCACUCUUCCAACGUUCCGCCCUUCAGCUCGUCCGCUUCCAUUUCAGCCCGCCGCCUUGCGCCUUCCACGUUCUUUCGCAUCCCUCGUAUUCCGCCGGCAGCCCAAUGGCCGCCGUUUCCUCACUCUGCUCCCCUCGUGUCGCGACAUUGGAUUCGGCGCGCAUUGCCCCGCGCACGUCCCCGCGCAAUGCGGCACGUGCCGUUACCCGCACGUCCCCGAAUUCUCUUGCGUCACUUCCUCUGGCAUCUUCUCUUUCUGGGGGCAUCGCACAAUGGAAAGAAUCCGCCUGUUCCCCGCGCUCUUCCGCGCCCCUCCGCGUAUCCGCAUCUGCCCUCCCAGCCAUCCGGUUCCGCCCAGCCGUUCCCGAGGACAUGGGCACGAUCCAACGGCUGGUGUUGUCUGAAUUCCUGGACGUCCGGCGGUUUGUGGUGGCAGAGGCAACAGCAACAGCAGCAGAAGAGGGAACAGGAGCAGGGGAGAAGGGGAAGAAUGGGGGGGACGAAGCAGGUUGGCGGUUGGUGGGCGUGGGACAGAUGAAGGAGUGGAAGAAGGAGGGUGAAGCGAGGACAGGAGCCGGGCCUCUUGUUGAGUUGAGGAGCCUCGUGGUCAACCCUUUCCUUUCCAAUCGCUCUGCACUCCUCUCUACCUCCGCCACUCCAUCUCCCCGUGUCCUCCCUUCUGCCAGAGGCCGCGGCAUUGGAUCCGCAUUGGUAUCAGAGCUGCUCAAGUCAGUGCAAGGCAGAGGCGCCGUGCACUUGCUCACUAUAGGAGCCAGGUAA